UAAAAUGCAUUUAGAGAACUUAUUUACCAACAGUUUAUUAACAGCAUUAUGAAUUUGAUUAUAAAUAUUUUAUAGGUUAACACUUAUAUAAACACUAAGACAUGAACACACUUUUGAUGGUGAAUUUAGAUUUUAGUUUAGAAUCCAAUUUUUUUUUGUUAGGAGUUAGAACUUGAAUUGUUCAGUUUCGUGUUCAAGAAUGCAUUUUGGUUAGAAUGAUUCCCUUUAUAUUUUUAUUCAUCAUGUGUAGAAGUUUGUAUAGUAAAAUACUAGUUUAUAGUUGGCUGACAUUGACUUUUAAAAAUAAUUAAUAUAAUAAUGAACAUAACAAUUUAAAAAGUCAUAGUAGUGGUUGGAUUUUAAUAUAUAAAAUUUAAUGGAAGAUGAUAGCAACUCUUACCAAACGAAUAUAAAAGGGAAACAUGCUUUCAUAUGGUGUUGAAGUUUUCAAACAGGGAAAACCCAAAUUUGUUUCUCAAAGUUUAAUCUCAAGAUGUAUUUUAGUCAUUGAGAAAUUUAAAAUAUUCUUAUUUAUUUCUUAAGAAGUUAUUCAUGAGAAUUAUGAGUAGAGUCUAGUAGUAUUUUUCAAGAGAAAAAGAUAUAGUAAUCUAUGACAUGUAACUUGGGGUUUAAGGAACCACUUAUGGAAUUUUGAUUUCAAAAACUAGAGAUUUGUGCUUUGCCUCUUAUAUUACUUGUUCCUAUUUCUGAUUCUGUCUUCCAAGCUCCAACCUAGUAGUAAUUUUCCUAAUUUGAAAUGAAACUAACCUCUUGGCUCUUGCAUCAUCAUAGAUUGUAUAUUUUGACACCUAAUCAAUCAAAUAUGCUAAAUAAUGUUAAAAUUGCCUUAAAAAAAAUAAAUUUAUAAUAAUAUUUUUAAUUUGACUCUAUAGCUUUUGGUAAAGAGUAGAUUUUUUUUACCGCUAUCAUAUAUUAUGCUUAUACUAAAAUUGUUUAGAUAGUGUUCGUAAAUCUCUGCUCAACCGAUAAAAACUAAUUUAUGUUAGGUUGUGACAUGAGUUCAAACUCUCCGUCAAAUAAUUGUAUGAGUGAGUUUCUAAUAGUUAUUUACUAAUGUUUUGUCUAUCACUAAAAAAAACUUUUGGAAUAGUAUAACUUUAGAAAAUAUAAUUCUUAUUGCAACUAAAUUGUUAGGAUUACUAGUAGACUGUAUGUAAAUUCUAUAAUAAAUAAAUAUAUUGAAGUUUGAAAAUAAUGCCUUAAAUAGAAAAAAAUAAACGGCAUGGAAAGAGAGUGGAAAUUUCGUGGAUGGACUUUUCAGUUGACUCUCUAGCAGCCUCCUGAUAGCAUAACUUAACUCAAACAUAAUGAACUGAAUUGCCUCAAAACAUAACCUCUUCCCCCUCUUGUUAUUUUCUUCUUAGUUCUCAACAUAAUGGAAAAUCAUAUCAAUAUUCCUAUGAUCAUCUCUUUCUUCUUCUUCUUGUUGUUAUUAAUAAUCACUUUUUUCCCACAACUAUCCCACUCUCUACCACAACCACAACUACCUCAAACCUUAAACAGUUAUUCAAUUUGUAAGGAACAAUCUUACAACUGCGGAAAUAUCAACAAUAUCUUUUAUCCAUUUUGGGGACAAAAUAGUUCUACUUUCUGUGGUGCCGGAAGCCCGUUUUACUUAAACUGCUACAAAAACGUUACUACCAUUCUAUUAUUCUCACAAAAUUUCACAGUACUUGACAUCAACACUGAGAAAUAUACAAUCAAACUCAAGAGAACAGACCUGUCUCAAAAUCUAUGUUCUCCUCUAUUUGAUGAUAUUGGUUUUUCUUCUUCACCUCUGUUUCACUAUCUCCCACAAGUCAAAAUCAUCUACAUAUACUUCAAUUGUCCUUCCACUUUCUCUCAACUUUUACCUAUAGAUUCUAUAUGUGGAUCUCAGAAUCAAGCAUUUGAUUCUAUUCAUUAUGAUGAUAAUCUGUCAAAGGAUUGCGAGGCACAUAUUCAAGUGCCAGCAGGAGAAGAUUUUUCCAUGGAGAAAAAUUAUAUUGAGCGUGAUGAACUUGUUAGUGGCUUGGAUAAGGGGUUUGAGGUGAUCUAUAGUGUUAGUGGGGAAUGUUUAGCGUGUUUGGGAAAUCAAGAAGGUGAUUGUAGAUUGAAAAACAUCAAUGAUUUUGAGUCCUCUUGCUAUUAUUGCCCAGAUGGAUCCCAUGCUUCUUCAACACAGUGUCCUUUUCAUCACAGUAGUAAACAGAAAUUGACGAGGAAUCUCGUCAUUGGUGUUGGCUCUGCUGUUUUAGUCGCAUUUGCAGCGUUCAUAGCCAUAUAUUUCUAUAAGCGCCGGAAGAAUAAGAAUAAAACUUACGCAAAGUCAUAUGUACAAUCUCGCAGCCUCUCUUCCGAGCUCACUUCAAAGGAUCUUGAAAGUGGAAGUCAAUUCUUUGAAAGAAGCCAAAACUUUGGAGUGCAGCAUUUUACUUAUAGUGAACUUGAAGAAGCCACAAACUUCUUUGAUCCGUCCAAAGAACUCGGAGAAGGAGGCUUUGGAACGGUGUAUUAUGGAAAACUGUAUGAUGGGCGUAGUGUUGCGGUGAAGAGGUUAUUUGAGAACAAUUACAAAAGAGUUGAGCAAUUCAAGAAUGAAGUUGAAAUCUUGGCAUCAUUAGUCCAUCCAAAUCUCGUGUCUCUAUAUGGAUGCACUUCACGUCACAGUCGCGAGCUUCUACUUGUCUACGAGUAUGUUUCUAAUGGAACCGUCGCUGAUCAUCUCCGUGGUAAAGAAGCGAAACAUGGAAAACUUACUUGGCCUAUUAGAAUGAAUAUUGCCGUGGAGACAGCAAGUGCGUUGAAGUAUCUUCAUAUUUCGGAAAUCAUUCACCGAGAUAUAAAAACAAAUAAUAUUCUUCUCGACGCUCAUUUUCAUGUCAAGGUAGCGGAUUUUGGACUCUCGCGCCUUUUUCCAUACGAUCAAACUCAUGUUUCAACGGCUCCACAAGGGACACCGGGCUAUGUGGAUCCUGAAUACCAUCAGUGCUAUCAACUUACGGAUAAAAGUGAUGUCUAUAGCUUUGGAGUUGUGAUGAUUGAGUUGAUAUCGUCUUUGCCUGCCGUUGAUAUAACAAGACAUAGGCAUGAAAUCAAUUUGGCUAGCAUGGCUCUCAACAGAAUUCAAAACCAAGCAUUGCAUGAAAUUGUGGAUCCUACGCUCGGUUUUGAAUCGGAUUCUAAGGUAAAGAAAAUGAUCGUUGCCAUGGGCGAGUUAGCGUUUCAAUGUCUGCAAAGUUCGAAAGAUAUGAGACCUACCAUGGACGAAGUGUUGGAUAGUUUAAAGGAUAUUCAAAGUGAUGGUAAGCAUAAAAGCAAACCCGAGGUAAUGGACAUUUCAAAUUUAUCUGAUGACGCUGUGCUGCUGAAUAAUGUUCCACCUCCACUAUCGCCUGAUUCAAAUGUUAGGAGCAAUUAUACAACGCCGAAUACUAGUGGAUAAAUCGGGUUCGGUUUGAGAUGUUCUUCAUAGUUUUCAACUCUUCAUCCAUCCAUACAAGGUUUAUAUGUUUGAAAUUUUGCAAUCACUGAAAUGUUAAUCCAGGCAUAAAAUUUAUCAAACCGGUAGCAUCCUUAAGUUGCAGCCAGAAAACUUUUGAAAUGAUGUAUAUAUAGAUGAUAUAAAGUUGCAUUGGUUAUGGAACUUCAUGUUUUGAUGAUUUUAUUUAGAUGUUUAAUAAUAUGUAUUUUUUGUAAUACUUACAAGUUUAUAUACAAUGAAUUUCUUUUCAAGUUUAUAUACAAGGAAUUUCUUUUCUUUCUUCUUUUUAAUAGUCUUUUUUGUGAUAAUCAUGUGAUUAUCAAAAAUCGAAUGGUGAUUUAC